UUGAAAAAAAAACAGAGCAUAUUAGUCCAGAGGUCGUUUGCAUUAUGCAGGGCUUUAAAACAAGAGAAAUAAACUUAUUUCAUGACGGCGAUUUUUCUCUUGGACAGCUGACUAUCGGCACCGGAUGGUUAUUUGAAUAGAUCAUCGGACAAGGAAAAUAGCUUUGUUUUAAUUUGGCUCUUUUUGAUUGGUAGAAUGUGCUGGAAAGCUGGCUUUUUCAAAAGCUACUUUAAGUUAUAAACAGUCGUGAGACUCGUACGAAGAUCAAGUCGUGGAAGUUCUCACAACGUGAAAAUGGGUUGUAGCCCUUCGCACGCUGUUAUCAUAAAUUCGUCACCGACGCACGAAACGAUCUGUUUACAACCAAGGAUAUACAUGGUUUCAGAAUCCACUCUCUGUCUUUUACAAGACGUGGGAGAAUUGAAAGUCUACAACAUCGACGAAAGAAAUCCACAAACUGCUAUUGAACGCUUCCGAGGCGCUCAAGACCAGCUCCAAAAUCCCUUGUUGUUUCAUCCCCAUCUUCGCUCGCGACAUAAGCGGAUAAGCGAAGGCGAUUUGCAAUCGGCUGGUUCGGCGAGCAUUGCAAGCGACCCGCUCAGUGAGGAAAAUGCACGGGUUGGAGAAAUCGCUCGAAACGACGAAGGUAGUGAGGUUUGCAGUGAGUCUAGCGAUAAAAUAAGCGACAAUACAAACACGCAGAUACAAACAGAGUCUCCUGGAUCCUCGAAUGCGCACUCUGUAACCGUUGAAGUUUACAGUUACCAACAAAACUCAGGUGAACUGGAAGAACAAGGCAAAGCGAGGAACGGUUUUGAAACUACGGAAAAUACUGCGAACGAGCCGAGCAUUACGGUGAAUACUGGAACUUCGGCUGUUUCUGAAGAAAGCAACCAUACAUCUGAUGAGCGAGACAACAUUAACGAAAGUUUCCACAGUGUGGAAAAUCACGAAAAUGCGAUCAUCGCGGUAAAUAGUAAUGUUUUGGUUGCCGUGGCAGUAAACAACAAAACCCACACUAAUUCCGAGCAAGGUGUCACUAGCGAGAGCUUUAAAAACGCAGAAGAUCUUGACAAGAAAAUCAUCGCAGGAAACAGUGGCGCUUCAGUUACCGUGCCAGACAUGGAAAGAAAACAAACAUUUCCUGAACAUGUUGAGAUCAACGAGAUGCAUGCGCUCAGGGAUGCUGUAGACAUGAGCGAUACGACCAACGAGCCGACAUUAAUCGCUUGGAAAGAAUUUUCUGAUCAGUCGGCGCCGAUCGCGGGAAAUGGAACGUGAAGAUCAAUAGAAAAAAGCCAAUUCGCGCGAAAGACGGACGCGGUUAAGCAAAGAGAAGCAGCUUCUCGUAGUUUUACGGUCGGUUAUUGAACACCGUGCGCGAACAUUCCGUGUAGCGUUUUGUCCUAAACAAAGGUUAAAUUUAAAAGGAAAAGAAGAGGGAAAGAAGGCGAGCGCGUAUAUGAAAAACCUGUCGCUUUUUACAUCUAUAAUUGUGAACGUUUAAGUUGACUUAUUGCUGUCGAAAGCGCUAGAUUCGCCAAAACAAAAGUGGAAACAUGUAAAUUAAGCAAAAAAUAUCGUAUGCAAUAGCAUGUUAUCAUAAAUGUCAUCACUUGCAUUUGAAGAUGAUCCUCAGGCAAAACAAAACAUUUCCAUUCUCCAUGUUUACUAAUUAGCUUUACACAAACUAAUUCGAUCGUUUGUAAUAAUUCGUUAGUGUAAAAUUACAGGAACAUCACCCGAAUGCUUGUGACGAGAUAAAUGGUUGUUUACUUGCAGCAAGUAAGUGAGAAUACUCGUGAGUUUUCUCACUGUUGAUAAAGAAUGGUAUUCAGGAA